AUGCAGAUGGUGUACUAUGCCAAACAGAACAGCUUGGCAGACAAACAUGAAAAGUUCUACGAAAGAAUCACAUAUGGAGGAAACCAUUCCAAAAGCAGCUCCAAGCGCGAGAGGAACUACAGCUUCUUCCUCUGCUCGAGGAGCGAAACGAACCACCCAAGCUUCAUCCUUAGGUUGUGUAGCGAAAUCAACUACAACUUUAUCCUCAUGUCCAGGAGCAAUAUCAAAUAUAGCAUCGUCAGAUCGAGGAGCGAACGAAACUACAGCUUCAUCAGAAGCACGAGGAGCGAAAGGAACUACAGCUUUAUCAGCAGCACGAGGAGCGAUAGGAACUACAGCUUUAUCAGCAGCACGAGGAGCGAUAGGAACUACAGCUUUAUCAGCAGCACGAGGAGCGAUAGGAACUACAGCUUUAUCAGCAGCACGAGGAGCGAUAGGAACUACAGCUUUAUCCUCAGCACGAGGAGAGAAAGGAACUACAACUUUAUCCGCAGCACGAGGAGAGAAAGGAACUACAACUUUAUCCGCAGUACGAGAAGAGAAAGGAACUACAACUUUAUCAGCAGCACGAGGAGCGAUAGGAACUACAGCUUUAUCAGAAGCACGAGGAGCGAUAGGAACUACAGCUGUAUCGCAAGCACGAGGAGCGACAGAAACUACAACUUUACCCGCAGCACGAGGAGAGAAAGGAACAACAACUUUAUCCGCAGCACGAGGAGAGAAAGGAACUACAACUUUAUCAGAAACACGAGGAUCGAUAGGAACUACAGCUUUAUCAGAAGCACGAAGAGCGAAAGAAACUACAACUUUAUCCGCAGCACGAGGAGAGAAAGGAACUACAACUUUAUCCGCAGCACGAGGAGAGAAAGGAACUACAACUUUAUCAGCAGCACGAGGAGCGAUAGGAACAACAUCUUUAUCAGAAGCACGAGGAGCGAAAGGAACUACAGCUUUAUCCGCAGCACGAAGAGAGAAAGGAACUACAACUUUAUCAGCAGCACGAGGAGCGAAAGGAACACCAGCUUCAUCAGAAGAACGAGGAGCGAUAGGAACUACAGCUUUAUCAGAAGCACGAGGAGCGAAAGAAACUACAACUUUAUCCGCAGCACUAGGAGAGAAAGGAACAAUAGCUUUAUCAGAAGCACGAGGAGCGAAAGAAACUACAACUUUAUCCGCAGCACGAGGAGAGAAAGUAACAACAGCUUUAUCAGAAGCAAGAGGAGCGAAAGGAACUACAACUUUAUCAGCAGCACGAGGAGCGAAAGGAACUACAACUUUAUCAGCAGCACGAGGAGCGAAAGGAACAAGAACUUUAUCAGCAGCACGAGGAGCGAAAGGAACUACAGCUCUAUCCUCAGCACGAGAAGAGAAAGGAACUACAGCUCUAUCCUCAGGUCAAGGAGCGAAAGGAACUACAGCUUCAUCACCAGCACAAGGAGCGAAACGAACUACAGCUUUAGCACCAGCACGAGGAGCGAAAGGAACUACAGUUUCGUCAGCAUCAGGAGGAGCGAGAGGAAGGAAAACAACUGA